AUGCCUUCUUUUCUUAAACACCUCCACAAUCUCUUCACCUUUAUCGCUUUGCUUUCAUUAUUAAUAAUUUCAUCUAAUGCUGCUUUCUUAUCUACUAAAGCCACAUGGUAUGGAGAUCCUAGCGGUUUUGGGGCCAAUGGGGGUGCUUGUGGAUAUACCGAUAUCCUUGGAAAAGCUCCAUUCUAUAAAAUGGUGUCAGCUGGAGGCUAUGCUCUAUUCAAAUCAGGCAUAGGAUGUGGGACAUGUUAUCAGGUGAUAUGUACAUCAAAUCCAGCAUGUUCAGGGCGUCCUAUAACGGUAAUUAUAAGUGAUUUGUGCCCUGGUACUUGCGGCGCAUAUCAAUUUGAUCUAAGCGGAGCUGCUUUUGGAGCCUUGGCUAUUCGUGGUCGAGAAGAUGAAUUACGCCAUGUUGGCCAGGUGCAGAUUCAGUAUCAAAGGGUUCCAUGUCACUACACCGGUUUUAACUUGGCGUUUAGGAUAGAUAGUGGAUCAAACCCUUUCUAUUUUGCUACAGCAAUUGAGUAUGAAAAUGGAGCUGGUGACAUGUCCGGAGUUGAAAUCCAAAAUGGAGCCUCAGGCAGGUGGCUUCCAAUGCAACAAUCAUUUGGUGCUGUUUGGAAAAUCAAUGCUGCCAUGCCCGGUCCCCUCUCUUUUCGCAUUACAUCAUCUUCCCGCCAGACUCUGGUGGCUACCAAUGUUAUUCCGGUGGGAUGGAAGCCUAAUCAGAUGUACUAUUCACAUGUAAAUUUUUGA